CCAAAGAAGAAGAAGAAGAAGAGUCCAUUUGUUUAGCUGAAAAUGGCGGCAUUUAUCGACAUGGAAUCUAAAUGCAUCAAGUUUCCUCAUAGUAGUUCACUUUAUCACUAACCAGAAUUAUAUUUGAGUGAGAUUCGCAGGCAAAUAAGACGUUUAUUAUCGGUUUACAAAUCAAGCGGAAAGAUGAGACGACUGUAAAUUUGGGUGAAAACUGGCUAAAAGGGUGUGUUUUUACGAGCCGUGGGGCCUUAUGUCAAAUUGGUCAUGUAGUACACUACAUACUGCGUAGACGCUAUUGAGACAGAUAGCACUACUGGACAGGUAACGUUGACCUGAGUUGAGCCACUGCACUGUGAGUAAAUUCCCGGGGUAGAUAUAAUAUUAGAUCGGAUAUUAUAAUCAAGCUAUUUUGACCCGAGAGAAACAAGGUGAGAUAAGCGUGUUUGUAAUUAUGAAACAAAAAGGUGACUCCAUCUCUUGUACACACUCACCUGCUAGAAGGAAGAGCCCCAAGAUGGGAAGAACGUUUUGUGUUUAUUUCCAUAAAGUAUUUAUAUUACUAAUGUUUAAAACAAGCAAUUAGUCGUUUAGCAAACUAAUGCUACUCAUAAUAUAAUAACAAUAAUGAUUUAAAAAAAAAAUGGACAUGGCCAAGGUGAACGGGAGAGCUGUUGCUAAGUAAUGAAAAAAAGAGGAGUAUUGAGCAGCCGAAACUGACUCCUCUACUCACUGCUAGUUUCAGAGAGUCUGGAGCAUGGAGACGGAAACGGAUGGAAAAUCUGUUUCUCUGGGGGAUAAGUGCAAGUCCGAACCAGCCGUGUUCCAGGAAGACGAGAUUCUGGUCGCACAGAUGAAGGAAACGUCCAGGUUUAAGGGGACAAGCCGGAAAAUGGAUGCUGGAUUGAAAGCUGAGCCAGCUGUUUUGCAGGAAAGAGGGUCCGAGGUUGCGGGUCCGAAGACGGAGGGCUGCGGGUCAGAGGUAUCGGGUCUGCAGAUGGAAAUGAGGAGCCUGCAGCAGGAGCUGGGGAAGUGUCAGAUUGAACUGAAGAGAGUACAGAAGCAGUUGGACCAAAGUCUAAGGCUCCAGAGGAGCACAGAAAGCUUCAACCAUGAUCUAAGACAGCAGGUUGAGGAGCUGAGCGCUGAGCUUCAUGAGCGGAAGAAAAAAGAGAAGAGCCGGGUGGAAGUGGAGACUCAGACUGAGGACUACACACAGGUUGAGACAGAUUACAGUUAUUACUACAGUGGAUACUAUCAGGCUGCUGAAGAAUAUGCACUUAACACUGCUACUGAAAUUCCAGAGACCGCUGAAAUGUAUCCCGUUACAACAGAGACAGCACCAGCCAGUUUACAGCACUCAGAUGAAAUGACCAACACGGUCGACACAGAGGUGGUUGUCAGCAGCAGCUCAUCCAUAGCAGCAAUGUUGAGAGCCACAGCAGAAGAGGCAGUCUCUCAGACGGGCUUUGUUUUUGACGAGAGCUCAGGAAUGUACUAUGACCAUUCCACUGGCUUCUACUAUGACUCGAGCAGUCAGCUGUAUUAUGAUGCCAACACUGGCAUCUACUACUGCUAUGACCACACCAGUGGAAAGUAUCAGUUCCACUCUCGAAUUGAGCUGUCUACAGUUCAACCAGGCCAAACUGCCAAUGACAAGGAGAGUGUCAACAAAAGGAAGAGCAAGAGGACCUUGGAGAGAUCAGAACAUCCAGAGGCCCAGAACCACGGUGGGGUGAAGGAGAGGCCCAAAGCUGUAAAAGAUCAGGAGCAGCAGAGCAUGGGGAAGAGGGGUGAGACCAUCACACAGAGAAAAGGACAACACUCUCUGAGCCGGACGCACCUGUCUCGAUCCCGGAGCCGGACGCGCCUGUCUCGAUCCCGGAGCCGGACGCGCCUGUCUCGCUCACGGAGCCGGACGCGCCUGUCUCGCUCACGGAGCAGGACGCGCCUGUCUCGCUCACGGAGCCGGACGCGCCUGUCUCGCUCACGGAGCAGGACGCGCCUGUCUCGAUCACGGAGCCGGACGCGCCUGUCUCGAUCACUGAGCAGGACUCGAUCACUGAGCAGGACGCGCCUGUCUCGCUCACGUAGCAAGUUGCAAAGACUUAACAGGACACGUUCUGAAGACAGUAAGAAGAAGAAAAAGAAGAAGAGGAAGAAGAAGAAGAGAGAGUCACACUCGCACAGGGAUUGGAGCUCACACUCUGCCAAUAUGGACAGUGAAAGUGAACCAGAAGAAGGAGAGAUCUUGCAGUCCAGGACAAAGAAGUAUCCUUCACCAUCAUCCUCGUCAGCAUCUCUGUCUCCCAAUCCGGUUACCUCUCCAGUUUCAUACAGCCCAGAGAGAGACACGCAACCAAUGGAAGAAGGAUGGCCCCCAUGCGUGAGAGUGAUUGUGGUUCGCUCUCCUGUCCUGCAGCCCGGCACUCUUUUUAUCCUCACAGCUGACAGCAUCGCCACUAUCGGCCGGGAGAAGGAUAUGGACCAUGCCAUCAGGAUUCCAGAGAUGGGAGUCAGUAAGUGCCACGUAGAGGUGUAUUUUGAUCAGGAUCAGCAGUGUUACAUGUUGGUAGACCGGGGCAGUCAGAACGGCACGGUGCUCAAUGGCAACAGAAUUCUACAGCCUAAAGUGCGCAGUGACCCUUGCCCUUUAACGCAUGGCGAUGAAGUGAAACUGGGCGAGACGGUUUUAUCCUUCCACAUUCACAUGGGUUCGGACACGUGCGACGCUUGCGAACCUGGACAGGUUCGAGCUCACCUGAGCUACCGCCGCCCAGAAGAAAACAUGGGUGUUGUUCUGAGUAAGGAGGACAAAGAGGUGCAGAGACAGAGACAGCUCAGACAGAUCAAACUUAAAUAUGGCCUUAAAAACAGUGCCUACGAAGGUGGCUGUGUGUCGAGCAAUAAGUAUAAGGACAGAGCAGAGAACCGGAGGCAGACAGUGGGAAGUGAGGGAACCUUCUACAGAGAUGAUGCCCCUGCAUCUGUGCAUAUCGAGAUCAGUGACCAGAACAAGGGUCGUCAGAUGUUGGAGCGAAUGGGAUGGAAGAGCGGAGAGGGACUAGGCAGAGAUGGAGGAGGCAUUACCGAGCCUGUGGGGGUGCAGGUUCGGGUGCCUCAGUCCGGUCUGGGCUGUGGAGCGAUUUUUCCUGUGGAUGAGGUUCCUGCUGGCCGGAGUAGAAGACAGCAGAACUGGGAGCACGCAAGGGAGCGCUUCCAACACGCAGACCUCGGUCAUGACGAACCCGACUCGGGAGACGUCCUCCCGAGCGACCCGUGAACCUGGCUUCGCAGUGCGACGAUUACUCGCUUUGAGGACACAGCGCCAGAAGUAAACUUGACUCAAGGGACUGAGUAAAUGACAGUUUACACAUUUCGUAGUGAACGUGGUAGAAUGAAAUACACAAUAAAUUGUACAUUUAAAAGAAUUCUGCAGUGUUUAUAUCCACGGCUUGUAUAGUUUUGUUAAUAAAUCUGCAAAACUACUUUCUGCUCUGUAUUUUACAAAGAGGCAGAAUGUGGGUCAAUGUAGGACAGUAAAAUAUUAUUAUUUUAAAAAGGAAAAGAAACAAAAAGGCCCCAUGGCCUGAAAAAGUUAUAUAUGAAAGACAGUGACAGGAAGACCAUCUGGCGUUUCAUAUCGUCAUUUAAUGUGCAGAAACGAUCCAACCAUUAGAACAUCACAUAAACAAUAUUCCAGUGUAUGAUGUACAAAUACAGCAGUAUUUUAUUUCAACAUAAAUACAGCACUAAGGGAUUUGCAGAAUGUUAUUUUCUCCCAUAUCUGAAUUUAAAAUCUGAAGUGGGCAUGUUCUAAACCUGAAGGGUUUGUUUCUUUCUUACUUUCUUUCACUCACCAGAAACAUCAGAAGACGUGGGG